AUGGCGCCCCAGGCUGCUCCCAGCAGCGUGUCCGCCAUGGGGACGGUCAUGACCGAGGACAACGUGAGCAGUUCUGAGGACUUUUACGGGAGCUCUUCCACGGCGGCAUUCCUCAAGGAGGCAUUCGACUCGAUGAGAGACAAGGAGACCUCCGCGCCGUGUCUGCCCCGAGACUACACCCUCCAGGCUUCCCGGGAUGUUGGCCGCGACUGGCGCCGCGAUGCCUCGUACUACGUUCCUUCACAUAAGUUCGCCCUUCCCCCACGAGAGCUGGCCGACCACCUCAUGGACUGCUUUCGCAAAAAGGUGUACUACAUGUACCCGUUCUUCCACCUACCAUCCUUUGAGAACGCCUAUCGUAGCCUGUGGCAGGCGAGUUCAGAACCUCGCGAGCCGUCCAUCCCAGGCCUCGGACUGGGCUGCUACCCAGAGGCUGACGCCAACACAAUAUCCUUCCACUGCGCCCUCAACGCCAUCUUCUCGCUGUCGUGCCACUACUCGGAUCUGGGGCCCGCCGACAGGCUGGCCGCGUCGCACACCUUCUUCAUGCGCACCAAGGCCUUUGUGGGGCUCGACCUUCUCGAGUCGAACAAUCUGAGCGUCGUUCAGACGCUGCUAAUUCUGGCAAUCGCGCUCCAGAGUACCCCGUAUCCGAGUCGAUGUUGGAACGCGACAGGCGUGGCGUGCAGGGUCGCUCAGGGGCUGGGACUGCACACAGAGCACCGACAAGACACGCGGCGGGACCUGGAAAAGGAAGUGCGCCGCAGGACGUGGUACGGAUGUGUUACCAUGGACAUGCUCGUGAGCAUGACAUACGGGCGGCCGACCAUGACAACGCACAUAUCCCUUCUCCCUCUUCCUACUGGCAACGAAAGCGACUCGCCAAACGAAAAGUCCCGCGCCGUGCAGAACCAGCAAGCAGUUCCGCGAUUUCGGUUUUACCACGAGAGCGUCCGCUUGUGUCGCAUCCUAGAGGAGAUUCUGUCCAAGGUGUACCAGCCAUGGAUGAACCGUGAGGAUCCAGGCUUCCCAUUGCCAUCAUCAGCAGAGCAGCCUAAGUCCCACAACCUGGAUACAAUCUUCAAGCUGCAUGAGAAGCUCUCUGAGUUUGAGGCAUCCCUCCCUGAUGAUCUGUCAUGGCACGAAGACGCCAAAAUGAGCCCGGGGUCAGAGGAGGAUCGCACGUUAUUUGCUGCGCAGAGGGAACUCCUUCACGCCCGGUUCAUUUAUCUGCGCAUCAUGCUCCUCCGCCCUGUACUCACACAGCUCGCCGCCAAGGAGCGCCACAAGACAGCAGACAGGUCCACGUUCAAGCCCUUGUCGGAUCCAAUCUUGGCUGGGAUGACCCUCCAAUGCUCUCGCAUGUGCGUAGAAGCCGCCAUAGAGCUAUUGCAACUCAUUCACGGCACAUACAACUCUCACACUACCGGCGCUUGGUGGUGGGAUGUGCUCUACGCUUCGACCGCAGGAACAGUUCUUAUCAUCGCCAAAACCUGCCCGUUCCUCCUUCCUUCGCUCAGCCAGUCGCAGAUGGCUCAGUCAUGGGACGAGUGCCAGGACAUACUCAAAUGCGUCGCCUCAUUCAACACCUGCGGCCAGCAGUCGCUCAAACUCCUGCAAACCAUCUACACCAAGGUCUCAGCCAAACCGCUUCACAAUCCGACGGGUCCCACGCAGGCAGCAAAUGCAGGAUCGCGAGGCGAGUAUGGUGCUGCAGUCUUGGAGAACAGCGGCUACGAUCUCAAUGCCGAGUUUUGUCUUGAAGCAAGCCAAGAGCUUCAGGGAUUGGAGAGCUUCGACACCAUGGACUCGUUCUUUCAGUGGGAAAAGUCAACCUUUGAUAACAUGGGCACGGCAGCCUUUUUCUGA